GCAUCCAUUCUUUCUCUCUCUUCCUCUGCAACGACUUCAAAGUUCAAACCCCAUUCCCAUUUCCCCUUUCACGGACCGUUGAACUCUCUACUCUACCCCCAAAAUUUUACUGAGAAUAUAUAUUUCCUCAAAUAAAUUAAAAUAGUGUAAAAAGGAAAAGAAAAACCCUUUUCCAAUUUCUUCUCUCUUCCCAGUUUCUUGCAUUCCCCAUAAAUCAACUCAAAUUUUAUACUACUGUUUUUUGUUUCUUCUGCUGCUCUGUUUUUUUAAUCACUUCUGAAUUAAGUUCUUGCUUCUUUGGGCUGAAUCAGUUCAGCUCAAUUCAGGGGUUUCUGAUUGAUAAUUUUUGUUUUUUUUUUCUUUUUCUUUUUGGUUGCUGUUGACUGACGAGGUUAGGUGGAUGGUUGUGUUGUUUAAAUUAUGGAAAGUGGGGAAUAGUGUAUUUCUUUGAUGAAGAAUCUAGGUUUUUAGGUGGUGAAGUUGGGGUCAAAGUUUCUUAUGGAUCGGUGGUCAAUGGCCACGAUCUUGUUCUCUGGUUUUCUCUGCUUAAUUUUGUUGUUCGCAAGACUGUCGCCGGUUUCUGCCAAUGCUGAAGGUGAUGCCUUGAAUGCGUUGAAGAGCAAUUUGGCCGAUCCUAACAAUGUUCUGCAGAGUUGGGAUCCAACCCUUGUCAAUCCCUGCACAUGGUUUCACGUAACGUGCAACAGUGAAAAUAGUGUUACUAGAGUUGAUCUGGGCAAUGCAAAUUUGUCUGGUCAACUGGUUCCACAGCUCGGUCAGCUUCAAAAUCUACAAUACUUGGAACUUUACAGUAACAAUAUUAGUGGAAGAAUCCCAAAUGAGCUGGGCAACUUAACCAACUUGGUUAGCUUGGAUCUUUAUUUGAAUAGAUUAAGUGGUCCAAUCCCCGACACAUUGGGCAAGCUUCAGAGACUACGUUUCUUGAGGCUCAACAAUAACACUUUGAGUGGACAAAUUCCCAUGUCUCUAACCACCAUCACUACGCUUCAAGUCCUUGAUCUUUCAACUAACCAGCUUACAGGACCAAUUCCAGUUAAUGGGUCCUUUCAACUCUUCACUCCUAUCAGUUUUGCCAAUAAUCCCUUGGAAGCUCUUCCCGUAUCUCCGCCUCCUCCACUUCCACCAUCAAGUCCAACACCUUCUCGAGUUGGCAACAGCGCUACUGGAGCGAUUGCAGGAGGUGUUGCUGCUGGGGCUGCUCUUCUAUUUGCUGCCCCUGCAAUUGCACUUGCUUGGUACCGAAGAAGGAAACCACAAGAUCAUUUCUUUGACGUUCCUGCCGAAGAGGAUCCCGAAGUUCAUCUGGGACAGCUCAAAAGAUUUUCACUACGUGAACUUCAAGUCGCGACGGAUAAUUUUAGUAACAAAAAUAUUCUUGGCAGAGGUGGAUUUGGUAAGGUUUACAAAGGCCGAUUAGCAGAUGGUUCACUAGUGGCAGUUAAAAGACUAAAAGAAGAGCGUACCCAAGGUGGAGAGCUGCAGUUCCAAACAGAAGUAGAGAUGAUCAGCAUGGCUGUGCAUCGAAAUUUACUUCGCCUGCGUGGCUUUUGCAUGACGCCAACAGAAAGGCUGCUUGUUUAUCCUUUUAUGGCCAAUGGAAGUGUUGCAUCAUGCUUAAGAGAGCGACCUGAAUCACAACCCCCACUUGAUUGGCCAAUUCGGAAACGGAUAGCACUAGGGUCUGCAAGAGGACUUGCUUAUUUGCAUGAUCAUUGUGACCCUAAAAUCAUUCAUCGUGAUGUCAAAGCUGCCAAUAUAUUGUUGGAUGAGGAUUUUGAAGCAGUUGUUGGUGACUUUGGGCUGGCCAAACUCAUGGACUACAAGGAUACUCAUGUUACCACGGCUGUACGUGGAACAAUUGGUCAUAUAGCACCUGAAUACCUGUCUACCGGUAAAUCUUCUGAGAAAACCGAUGUUUUCGGCUAUGGGGUCAUGCUUCUUGAGCUCAUCACUGGGCAACGAGCUUUUGAUCUGGCUCGGCUAGCUAAUGAUGAUGACGUCAUGUUACUCGAUUGGGUGAAGGGACUUUUAAAGGAGAAAAAGUUGGAAACAUUAGUUGAUGCGGAUCUUCAGGGUAAUUACAUCGAUGAAGAGGUGGAGCAGCUCAUCCAAGUAGCUCUACUCUGCACACAGAGCUCUCCAAUGGAACGUCCCAAGAUGUCGGAAGUCGUCAGAAUGCUGGAAGGCGACGGCUUAGCUGAGAGGUGGGAGGAGUGGCAGAAGGAAGAAAUGUUCCGUCAAGAGUUCAAUCACACACAUCACCCGAACACCGAUUGGAUAAUUGCCGACUCCACUUCUAACAUCCGACCUGAUGAAUUGUCUGGGCCAAGAUGAUUGAUCAAUGGUUCAGUUGUCUGCGCAUAUCCUGAACUCUUACAGGGAGGCCCUCUAUAUUUGAUUGACCUUUAUCAUCUUUGUAUAUGAUUUUCUUUUCCUCUUGUUUUGUUUUAAGUUUUCUAUUUUGUUGGUGCUCCAGCAUUUUUACGUCCCAGAAGAGAAUUUUGAUGUUGCAGGAAUGUUUAUACCUUAUAGGUCACAAGUUGUAUUUUCAGGUGCCAAAUCCACUGCAGGAAUCGCGGUGAAAGCACCAAUGUAUUUUCAUUUCUUAACAAUGCGCUUCUAUUGAAUAGCUGAAUGUUGUUAAAUAAGAAUCAGGUUCGUUCUGCA